ACAUGACAGGGGGGGAAGGAGGAAGUGGGGUGGCCCGCGGGGCUUCGCUGCCGCCGCUGCUCCGGUAGUCGCGGGGCUCGGCCGGCGGCUGCUGGCGGGGAGAGUCCUUUCCGCAGCGCGUGGGCUGACCGCCCUUGAGGGUGGACUGGCGCCCCGGUGCCGCCGCUGAAGGGAGGCAGGCAGGGAGCGGGGGAGCACCCCGCCGGGCCGCGGCGCCUCGCCGGCGAAGUUUGGUGCGGGGCGGGAUCCCGCCGGCUGCGGCGGUGGCGCCGGGUAUGAACGGCUUCGCCCCCGAGGAGGUGACCCAGCGCGGGGCAGACCCCGCCGCCGCGGCGGUGGUGGGCAAUGCGGGCUCCGCCGUGGAGGUGCCGCCGCCGCCAGCGCCGCCGGGGCUGGGUCCGGCCGCCGGCGCGGGCUCGGCGGGCGGCGGGUGCGCGGGCGGCCCCGGGGCCGGGCAGUUGUGCUGCCUGCGGGAGGAGGGCGAGCGGUGCGGCCGCGCUGCCGGCAACGCCAGCUUCAGCAAGCGGAUCCAGAAGAGCAUUUCGCAGAAGAAGGUGAAAAUCGAGCUGGACAAGAGCGCAAGACAUCUGUACAUUUGUGACUUCCACAAAAAUUUAAUUCAGAGUGUGAGAAAUAGAAGAAAGAGGAAAGGCAGCGAUGAUGAUGGUGACUCACCAGUGCAAGACAUCGACACUCCGGAGGUUGAUUUAUAUCAGUUACAAGUAAACACACUUCGAAGGUACAAAAGACACUUCAAGCUACAGACCAGACCGGGACUUAACAAAGCACAGCUUGUUGAAAUAAUUGGCUGCCAUUUUAGGACAAUUCCAGUGAAUGAAAAGGACACCUUAACGUACUUCAUCUACUCAGUGAAGAAUGACAAGAACAAACCAGAUCUAAAGAUGGAUAGUGGGGUUCAUUAGGCAGAAAAGGUUGGGACUGAGACUCAGGCUGCAAAUCAAAAGACUGAGGUUUUGUUGAUAUGCAAAAGCUUUCUUUGUAACUUUUUCUCCUGAGAGAGUUUGUCUGUUUUAUUUUUCAUAACCUUGCUGAUUUGUUUGAAAACCAUCUCUUAUGAAACAAAUUUCCUCAGCAGAAGUAUUUUAAAUAAAUAUCACUGAUAUUGUUGCUCAAA